AUGGCACCAAAAGGCGGUUACAAGAGAAUCUCUGGUGGUGACGAUAAUAAAGUCAAUUUUGCAUCUUCUCCUUUUUUUCGUUGGAUGAACGGAGUCUUUAAGAAGGGCAGUCAAAGACCUUUGGAUCAAAAUGACUUUUUACCCUUGUCAGAGGAGAACUCUGGCCGUUUUGUCACCGACAGGCUUCGAAAAAGCUGGGAAAGCGAGAAACGUCAUUGCAAGACAAAUGGGAAAAGGCCCAAACUUUGGAAAAGCGUGUUCGAUAUGCUGUCUGCCAAAGAUGUUAUCAUCAUUUUGACGGCGAAUAUAUUGUCUACAACUUCUCGCCUUCUCUUUCCAUUGUUUCUCGGGUAUCUUGUUUCUAGGCUUAUGUCAACUGAGGCAGAGAAUGAUUAUCAACUCUACACCUGCGCGUUAGCUAUGUGUCUCAAUGGUUUGAUCGGGGGUCUUGGUAUGCACCAGCAAGACUACAGAUGUGAAACAUUGGGGAUCAAAAUAGGAAGCGCCCUGAGGGGACUGGUAUACCACAAGGUAGGCACGAUCCAAAAGAGUAUUCUAUGCAUUUUUCAAAGGCUCGACCGAUUUUUCUAAUAACCUAAACACUCCAAAUUAAGCCGAAAAAACUGGAACGCAUUUAUCUAUCUGAUACAGAAUGAUUUUUUUCCAGAAAUCUUUGCAAUCCUGCUCAUCAACAAAAAAAUCAAAGAAACAAACAGUUAUUUAGCCUGCAGUUAACGGGAAGUAGGCUACAGAAACCAUAAUGUAUACGGCCGUGCUUUUGAGCGAGAUUCAAAAUGGCGUCUGAGUUGUCGCUCUUUUAACAAACUUAAAAGGAAUUUGGUAGAGACUUAAUUACUCUUGUCUCGACACGCAGCCACGAAUAUCUUUAUGCCGGAGAUUAAAAUCAGAUGGUUUGUGGAACAUCCUUCUUCUUUAAUGUCUAAUCUGUACUCUCUUUCAGACGCUUCUACUCAGCAAGCAGACGUUACUGAAAUUUACUGCAGGACGCGUAUUUGACCUGAUAUCCAAUGAUGUUAAAAGAAUGGAAGAAGAGACAGUCAAGUUUUUUGUCUUCGCCGUUUUCGCAGUCCCUACUUAUGCAGGGGCAAUAUUCCUCAUCUACUAUUUCAUUGGUUGGCAGGCUGUUACGGGCGUGUUCCUCCUGUGUAUUCUCAUGCCAUAUUUUGCCGUCUUGUCUUAUGCCAAUGCUAAGCUGCGUCUGCGUACAGCCACAGCGUCAGAUCAGCGAAUCUCCCUAAUGAAUCAAGUAGUUUCCGGGAUCCGCGCGGUCAAAAUGCAUGCGUGGGAGGAUGAAUAUGGACGAAAGAUAAAACAUGUAAGAAGGUAAGGUAAAUUGUCAUCGUUAAACAGAAGUAGGCUCAAACAACUAGGUUCAUUCAUUCCCGUUAUUGUUGACCCAAAUUAUUCAAAACUGGGAAAUAGAUAACCACAAAUCUGUUUUGUCUCCUCUGAGAGCUCUGUAAGCUGGGCAGUUUAAACAUGCCCCCGCCCCCAAGCAAAAGAACCCAUAGACCGCUGCAUGAGCCAAUCAGAAUGCUUCUCUUCGCAAAGAAUAAGUGUCUCAUGUAACCCAUUUGAUAACCGGAGGAUUGGCUGCUUGGUUAAAUAAUAUCAAGAUAUACUGAGUAGAGAGUGUGGAAAGAGCGCCCUAAAUGAUUGCUCAAACUUCGAAUAUCCCUUGAAAUUCAUCUUCGAGAGACUCGCGCGAGAUUUCCGUUCGAAACAGAAUAAUUGUUCAUUAUUAUAGGUAGAACAUCUCAUUGAGUCUAACUUGUCUUCAGUUAGUAUUUUUUUUCAUGCGCUGUCGUAGGGUCGCAAAAGACGCACUUAAACAAAGAAGUGAAUGAUGAGAUAGGGUGCGCUUGCCGCCGGCUCACCUCGUUAAUAUUACGAAUUAAAUAGAACGCUGACGAAGAGUUGGCUCGACAGAAUGCCCACAUAACUUAUGAUCAACUUUUAUCGUCAGAAAUGAAAUCAGCGUCAUUUCAAAGAGGACGGCCAUUCAGUCAAGUAUCGAUGCCUUGUCAUUCAGUGCAGCGCCACUGGCCACCCUGGUGUCAGUAAUUACUAUGGUACUUACAGGCUACACCCUCAUGCCCGCCAAUUUUUUUAUGCUGUUGUCGUUUAUAGGUGUUUUAAAAUUGAGUGGCGUGAUAGAUAUGACAUCUGGUUUAAUGGCAACGUAUGACGCCUACGUUUCGCUCGGAAGAAUCGAAGAAUUUCUUCUUUUGGAAGACAUGUUGGAAGCCAUUGAAAGUGAUGAAAGAAACGAGCCCCAACAAAAAGCAAGAAGUACCUCAAGUAGCCAAAGUCGCUGUUAUUUGAAAAAAGAAGAAAAAAAUACGGAGAAUGUCCCCCUCUCUCGUCAAGCAACAGAAUUAGGGCCUACUAAACUAUGUGUGUCAAAUUUAAGCUUCCCAAAAACGCAUCGUGAAGAUGAAUUUAUUCUUCAGGAUAUCAACUUCCUUGCACCUUCAAAGAGUUUAACAGUCAUCACUGGCCCGGUUGGGAGUGGUAAGUCUACUCUGCUCUCAGCGAUCGCUGGUGAAGUUUUGAAUACUAGUGGGACUAUUGAUUAUCAAGGUUCUGUCAUUUACUUGCCUCAGACUGCUUGGGUGUUCUCGGGAACGAUAAAAGAAAAUAUUCUCUUUGGUCAACCCCUCGAGGAGUCCAAGUUCGAAAGAAUAAUCGACGUCUGCGCUCUAAAAGAAGACUUUCAGUGGUUACCUGAUGGUGACCAAACAGUUGUUGGAGAACGCGGUGAGGUUCUGAGUGGAGGACAACAGGCGAGAAUAAGUUUAGCUCGUGCAGUUUAUGCUGACGGAGAUCUUUAUCUACUGGAUGAUCCACUGAGUGCUGUUGAUUUUAAAGUUGGCCAACACAUCUUUAACAAGUGCAUCAAAGAUCUAUUAGGCCAUAAAAUCGUUCUGUUUGCAUCUCACCAGCAACAGCACAUGGAAAAUGCCGAUCAAGUGAUAGUGUUGUACAAAGGGCGUGUCCUCGACAAGGGACGCUUUACUGAGCUGCACGAAAAAGGUGUAAUCAAUUCAACUGUUGACCCACUCUAUAAAGCAGCUCUGAAGGACAAGAAAGACUUAUCUGAUACAUUUGCCUGGGAGAAUACAAAGAAACACCAUGAUGCUGAAAAAUUCCAGAAAAUACAUGCUCAGCCUAAUGAAGCGAGGAGUUUGGAGGUAGCAAAGGAGGAUCGUACAAUCGGAGUUGUGACAUCCAAGCUUUAUUGGGACUAUUUCAGAAGUGGAGCACAUCCUUUGAUGAUAACUGGAAUGGUUGGUUUAAGUCUCAUUACUCAAGGUAAACUUACUGUUAGAGUGAGGUAGAAACCUUGGUUCAGGCCCUAAAAGGCAAUACAGCAGCCUUUUCUAAAUCAAUUCACAAUAGCUAUGCUUUUGGUUUCAGUUUAGAUGGCAGAGUUAAGAGACACUGCACAAAUUUUUGACCAUGUUCCCAAUAUCUCACUUCCUCGUACAAGCGCGAGGCAAGCGCGAGUGAAUGGCGAGUCACACGCGAAAGGAAGAGCUGGUGUCAUGCUCCUCGCCUUUGCCUUGCACUUGCCUCCAUUUGCCUGAAAAAGAUAAAAAAAACUCGUUUCUAACUAAUUUUCUGAGACCAAAUGCAGUUUUCUAACAAUGUUUAGUGCAAUAUGGUUGACUGCUUCAUCUAUUCUGUGACAUUGUGGUGCUUACAUAAACAUUCCCAAGAUACAGGCGUAAAUAGCUAACCCAGGAAAGUUGUGCCCAAUAAAUCUUACAAUGUUUAACUAACUGAUCAGAAAGAAAUACCUUUCAACCACCACCUCUUGAUCUUAUCUCUUUCAGCCAUCAUAGCUGCUCCAGACUUGUGGCUCUCGUUUCUUGCAAGGCUAAACCAAGAGGAUCAGAAUAAUAAGACUUAUCUAUCUGUCUCCGCCUAUCUGGUUGGCGCGUGUUUUAUAUUUACUAUCGUUAGGGCUUAUGGAUUCUUUCAUGUUUGUCUAAAGUGCGCUGAGCGUCUUCACGAUAAAAUGGUUGUGGCCAUUUUACGAGCACCUGUCCUGUUCUUUGAUUCAAAUCCGGUGGGAAGAAUCCUAAAUCGCUUCUCCAAUGAUAUUGGCUGCGUAGAUGAGUUGUUACCCAAAACAUUCUUGACGGCAAUGCAGAGGCUCUUGGAGAUAUCUGCCCAAAUUCUGGUAACAAUUGCCACAAAUGUUUGGCUGGUGUUUCUUGUUGUUCCAAUUUCCGUGCUGGUCGGUUUUCUAUCCAAUUAUUACUUGAAGACUGCCAGAGAGCUAAAGAGGCUAGAGUCGAUAUCCCGAAGCCCAGUGUUCGCUCAUUUUUCGGAGACCCUGAUAGGACUGGACACGAUUCGUACGAGAGGAAAACAGACAGAUUUUGUGGAUGCACUUUACAGGUAUGUUGGAGACAUUGACUCAGUGCGGGGGGCCAGAGCCAAUAAAUGCACAGGUCACAAAUGAGUCAUAAUUGCUCAUUUUCUGUGAGCUAUUUAUUUCUCAUUUACUGCCAUUACACACAAUUGCAUCACGCUUCUCUUGUAAUCAUACCUGAUGUGUGCUGAGAAACUAUUCAGCAAGUGGACCUUUCUGUAUAUAAGGCACGGUCGCGAAAGGAAGCUAUCCAAAAUACACACGAAGGGCAUUACUCAUGGUAAGACUACAGUAAUUGCUCUCUGUGGUUUUCGCCCUUCUGAUAGGAUUUUAACAGACCCAUAAUAUGAACGGUCAAUCAGUAUGUGGAAAAGUAUCCAUAUCGUAAACAAAUUCGGCUCUAAAGGCUCUCCCUUCGUUUUCACGACUAGAGCAUACUUAAGACUGAGAUGUGGUUACGGAAGCGAUUUUUCAGACAGUUAGCCAGAAGACACUCAGCUUACAGAUGCUUUUUGGGGACUAAGAUUUUUUUUAAGGGGAUGGGGGUCGGGUGGAAUUGGAAUCUGUAGGAUUUCAACAGCCCCUUAAUAUGAAAGGUCAUUCAACAAGAUCGCAUAAUGCAGAAAUUUCCUGAUUAAUUAAAACUAUAACAAAUUUAUCGAACUUUAUUGGUUUUCACCAGCCCGAUGUAAUAUCAGCACUAAUAGCACAGAGUAAGUGUCAUGCUUGUAAUUGGACUGUGUAAUAGGACAGUUGACAAGUCAUGCCUGCGUGUAAGUGUAUGCGCGCGCGGUUGUGGCACAUUUCGACCAGUUUUUUUUUUUUAUGAAAACGUUUAAGUGAUGUUUAGUUUCUUUCUCUAAUUUUGUUACAGUUAUAAUUUAUUGGUAAGAGAACUUCUUGUCGUUCAAUUUCGUCUUUAAUCACACUCGUGAUUAAAAAAAUCAGGCUCCCGCUUUGCAGUCGUCUGCUACUGUUAUUCACUCGUAUGAUUAAUUACGGACCGAAUUGCUUUCCACUCAGUCUUAUUACCAUUAUAAGUUUAACAGGAAAUAUAGGCAAGUGCCACUCGUCUUCUCCUUGUGAUAUGUGUUAUACUUAGUAUACAACAUGUAAUUGUGAUAGUGAAUGCUUAAGAAUUGGUUUUUUAUAGAGAAUUUACCAUUUUUAAUGGAAAAGUAUCCAUAUCGUCAACAAAUUCUGCUCUAGGGGCUCUCCCAUCAUCUGGACAAAUGGAGCAUACCUAAGACGGAGAUGUGGUUACAGAAGUGAUCUUUCCGAAACUUAGCUAAAAGCUUGCGGAUGUUUCUUGGAGAGUAAAAUCUUUUUGAAAGGGUGGGCUGUCGAGCGGAAUUUGUUGAAGGACUCCGUUACAUUGUCAGGCCAAAGAAGACACUGGUUUCACUUCAAUGUGCAGACCCGAUGUAAUCUGCUUAGAGUUUUCUUUGAAGUGAUUAUCUUAAAAAGAAAAUACAAUUGAAUAACAACAAACCAGCCAGAACAAAAGAAAAGAUCACAAUUAGUAACAGAGGACUCAAUGUAAAAUAAGGAAACGGAACUGAGCGCAGGAAAACGCGCACGACCGAUGUGUGGUUAGUUUUGCGCGAAUUUGCUAGACCAAUCACGAACCAAAGUAAUACGAAAUUUAUAGAUUUCGAUUUAUUUCGACAGUCAAGUAAAAAAAUUACUCCAUUAUUGAAACAUAUUGUGAUGAACACUCGUCUCUUCAGAUAUCAAGAUGUUCAUAAUCAAGCGUACAUUAUGGUAAUGGCCAGCGGUAGGUGGCUCGGUGCACGUUUGGAUUUCCUCGCUUCCUUGCUAGUCGGUGCCGUUGCUCUGGCUGCAAUCUUGGUAUCUCAAGAUGCUGGUAAGCUCAAGAUUCUUAGUAUCGUUACAGUCUUUCUAUGUAAACUACGAAUUAAUAUAGUCGUGUAUUAACACAGCAUGAACUACUGAUUAAUAAGAUAAGUGUGAAAAUACGGGCACUCUUACUAUCAACGGGUGGCUUAUAAACACGACAGAAACGUAAGAGAUUCAAAACGAAAAAAUUAUGUUGAUAACUCCUCUGUACCUAUUUAGCUUGGAGUCAAAACAACAACAAUAAGAAAGACGUAAAAAAGACGCGUUAUUUAUUCCCUCCCAUAAAGAGACUGUCUGGACCAGGCUAAGUAACCUAGCCUUGUUAAGUUUUCGUAUAUCCUUUGAGCUAUUAAGGUGGUCUUCCACUCAAAAAUUUGUAUUUUUUGUCAAAAAACUUUCAUUUUGAAAAUGGUGCUUUUUGGUAUCUUUAACCAUUACUCUUUCAUUCUACAGCUUCCUUUUUUCCAUAUUCAGGAGGUAAAGUCAAAAAUUUUGCUAAAUUCCUUAGCGAGUAUGAAUUUUCACCUUAGCAACGACCAUAGCAACGGUUUGUUUAUGAAAACAAAACGCAGUUGCAGUCAAAAGGAAACGACGGAAUUUCUCCUGGGACCCCUCCCUGGUUAUUCCCGUUGUUUAUUGACAUUUCAAUCAGGCAUACAUGCAGUGAGUUACGAGCACCCAAAAUGGCGGAUGAUAUGUGGCGACACUAUUUCCCAACUUAUCAUCCACCAUUUUGGUCGUAUUCGUUCACUCUAUUCCUAUUGCGAUUUUGCUUGAUAAUUUAUUUAUCAAUGCCACCAAAGGCUCGUUCUGGUUACACAAAAAGCGUAAAUAUCGUGGAAACCAGUACUCUACUGAAUCGAAGCGUUCGAAGAAGGAAAAACGAGUGUCAGCACCAAAGGUCUUGGGAAAGAAUGUUCAGCUUCUGCCCGCAAGAUUCCAGCAGGUCUGACCACCGCAUCUUCUGAGGGUAUCAAGGAGUGUAAGGAGUCAAUCAUAAGUGGAUUUCGGUUUGUAGAUAUGAGAAUUUUGUCUUCUGUGAUGGAAUGUAUGCCAUGCAAAGAAUGCUUUGUUUGUGAUUUAAUUUUACAAGAGCAAGCUAUGAAACGCAAAGGUUGUGCCUCGAAUCUUCGUUUGCUUUGCUGCUCGUGUGGUUGGUCUAUGGAAUUCUUUACUUCAGCUCAAAUAGGCCGUUUCUUUGAAGUAAACAGAAGAUUUGUGUAUGCUUCAAGAUCUGUUGGUUGUGGACGUGCGGCAGGUAAGAGGUUUUGUGGACUUAUGAACAUGCCGCCACCUCCUAGACCUACACCAUAUGCUCGCCAUAAUAAAGAAAUACUCCGAGCAGUAAAGAAGAUCUCACUGGAGACAAUGCGUGAUACUGCAAGAGAGAUUCACGAUAUCAAGCCAGGUUCAGAUGAGGGCAUAGCAAGAUGUGGAGUGUCUGUUGAUGGAACAUGGCAGAGAAGAGGCUUUUCUUCUUUAAAUGGCUGUGUGAGUGCUAUUAGCAUGGAUACAGGGAAAGUGGUAGAUGUUGAGCCCCUAAGCAAAGUUUGUAUCAAGUGCAGGGAGCAUGAAAAUGAUCCUGACACCCCAGAAACUACUGCAUGGAGAGCAGACCACAGAGCCUCUUGCAAGGCAAACUUUAAGGGUUCAGCACCAGCUAUGGAACCAGAAGGCGCCCUUCGAAUGUUUCAAAGGUCAGUAGAUCUGCAUAAGCUGCAGUAUGAUGAAUAUUAUGGCGAUGGUGACAGCAAAAGUUACUCAUUAGUCAAAGAUGUAUACCAAGUCUAUGAUAUUGAAGUUCAAAAGAAGGAAUGUGUUGGCCAUGUUCAAAAACGACUGGGAACAGCUUUACGAAAGUUAAAGAAGGAAAAGAAAGGGAUGGGUGGGAAAGGCAGGCUGACAGAUGCCAUGAUUGACAGACUGCAAAAUUACUAUGGAAUUGCCAUUCGAAGCAACUCAGGUGAUCUUGCUGCCAUGAAGAAGGCAAUUUAUGCCAGCUUGUUUCACUGUGCUUCUUCUGCAGACAGUAAUUACCAUGGGCAUUGCCCUGAGGGUCCUGAAAGCUGGUGUGGUUUUCAGCGGGACAAGGUCAAUAGGACAAACACUUUCAAACAUGGAACUGGCCUACCUUUAGAUGUCAGAGAGGAAAUCAAACCCAUUUAUAAAAGGUUGAGUGAGGACAGCCUUCUCAGCAAAUGUCUUGAUGGCAAGACUCAAAACCAGAAUGAGUCACUCAAUGGUAUGGUUUGGGAGCGUGUGCCAAAGGGGGUGUUUGUUGGUUCUGAAGUACUGCAGCUGGGGGUUUAUGAUGCUGUCGCUCACUUUAAUAUUGGUUCAAGAGCAGCUAUUAAAGUGUUUGAGAGUCUUGGAAUUCCCCCAGGUGAAUUCUGUAUAAAUGAAUGCCAGCAGUUGGACAAGAUUCGUGUUUUGAAAGCUGAAUACAAGUUCCAAGAGAAGAACAAGACAAGGAGGAGGCUACUCAGGGGAAAAAGAAAGAAAAAAAAUGACAAAUCCCAGGAAAAGGAGGGUGACAUAUAUGCACCUGGUGCAUUUUAAUGAGAACAUCAAAGAGCUUAGCUUAAACUUUCCAAAAGGCACCAGUUGCUUUAGUGAUUAUUUUGAUUGAUCAACUUAAAUCUUUAAACUUGAUUUUCUCAGUUUUGCAAUUUUGAGAGAGUGCCCGUCACGGCAAAAAGGAUUUCUUGAAAAGUAUUAAACCAAAAGGGAUGAAAUUUUCAGGGAGGUUUGCUUGAGUAUAGUUCUGUGUUGUGAACCUAAAAUUAUUAGUGAUUUUUAGUUACAUGGUUGUUGACAGAUGUAUCCAUGGUGAUAAUACAAACAAAAAUGUUGUAAUCAAGGAACAGUUGCAAUUUUAUAAUAGCUUGGCAUAAAAAAUAUGGGUUUUCUGAGGUUCAUGACAUAAAGCCAUCUUUGUACUUAGUUUUGAUACCAAUUUCAGGUGAAUAGGACCGCUAGUUCUUGAGAUAUCCUUUUUACAAGAACACCAUUAUUUUCACAGUUGGGGGCCCAAAACUUGGUUACCAUGGCAACGACAUGUCUAUCAAAAUUCUUAAAAGUAUCAGUUUGAGGUGAUCUCUCCAAUGGUACUUAAAUAACUUAGGUAAAGCAUAAACUGAAUUUUUUUAAAAUUUGAGUGGAAGACCACCUUAAGAGAAAACUAGUCCGAAUUUAUAAAUUCAAGGCCCAAUUUUUUUUCAGCUUACGCUGGUCUCGCUCUUGUUUACGUCAUCCAAACUCUGAAUAUGACUCAAUACGCUGUUAGAAAAACCUCUGAAGUGGAAAAUUACAUGACGUCAGUUGAGCGAGUUAUGACCUAUACCAAACUUGAACGUGAGCCUGGAUACGAGGAUGAACGAAUACCCCCAAAAGACUGGCCUCGGAGAGGAAGUAUUGUGUUCAGAGAUGUAUCAUUGACGUACUAUCCGGGGGGACCUCAAGUGCUGAAGAACAUAAAUAUUAGCAUCAAAGGAGGAGCAAAGAUCGGAGUUGCCGGCCGUACAGGAGCUGGGAAGUCAUCUUUUGUAGCAGCUGUUAUGCGCAUGCCUGAUGCUGACGGAAAGAUAAUCAUCGACGAUGUUCCAAUUAAAGAGAUAGGACUCCAACAAGCUUGA